UCAUGGGUGGGCAUGGGUUUCUUCAAUGUGAAGUUAUCCAUAUACAGAAAAAUCAAGGUAGUUGACUACAACAGUCAAUAAGGCUCAUUUCACACUCCUUUCAAGUUGCAGGAAAAUUGAGACCGCAAGCUUGUUGGGGGAAUAAUUUUAUAUCUCUUUCUUAAAUGAAACACAAAAGCAGAAGAAUUCCAGACCCGUAUCCCUCCCAAAUGUCAUGAUGUUCAGAGAAGCUAAACUUGUGGCAUUGGCAGUCUUCCACACUUUGUUGCUUGCAAUUUGUGUUGCUAAUGGAAACCAGACAUGCCGGCCCUCUUCUUGUGGGGAUAUUCAAAACAUCAGCUACCCUUUCCGAUUGAAAGGUGAUCCGUUCUGGUGUGGUGAUCCUGAGUAUGAAUUGGUUUGCGAAAACAAUCAUACCAUGGUAAACCUGGAGUAUGGGAAAUACUAUGUUGCUGAUAUCAACUACGAUCACUCUACCAUUCGGGUAGUGGAUCCUGGGGUCGAAAAGGGCAACUGUUUCUCCACUCCUCUCCGUUCCUUGACAGUAGACCAAUUCGACAGUUUUUUUGACAGUGCAUAUUAUUUGAAUCCGUAUGAAGCGACUAAUACAACGGUUUUGAUGAACUGCGAGCAGCCAAUAAGUGAUGGCAACUAUAUUCCUAUCACUCCUUGCAACAGAAGCAAUGAGACUUCAUCUUCCUCACAAGCAUAUGUUUAUGCACUAGUCGGCGGAGGAGACUCCCUGCUGGUGAAUGAUAUUAUGUAUUCAUGCACCAUCCUCCCGACUAUUGUUACUCGAUUCAUGAAGCCCGGCAAUCUUUCAAUGUCAGAUUUGCAAGAAAUGCUACUUCUGGGGGUUGAUCUUUCAUUCUUGCGCUUCCGUUGCAAAAGCAAAUGCGGUAAGAAAUGGCCAUCCUGCUCUCCAGAUUUCGCCAAGAAUGCUGUAAAAUGCGGGCACUGGUUUGUGGAUUGGUUCUCUGACUUUUUGCAGUCUUUAAUAGAUCCGGGCACAUAUUCAAUCAAAGGCUGGAGAGAACAUUAUUAUUACUACUAUUAUGUAUCUGCAAUUUUAGUUGGUUGGCUAAUGAGAUCCAUCCUCAUGAUCAUCAUCAUCGGGAGGACUGCACUUGGCAUAUUGUGUUUGCUUGUUUAUUUAAUCUACAAAUUUCAACGGAGACACUUAUCAUUAGACGAUGAUAUUGAAGAAUUCUUACAUAGCCACAACAAUCUUCAGCUAAUCAAAUACUCAUAUUCGGAGGUUAAAAAGAUGACUCAUAAUUUUAAGAAUAAAUUAGGUCAAGGCGGUUUUGGCUCUGUGUACAAAGGAAGACUCCGAAGUGGUCACAUUGUAGCUGUAAAAAUGUUAGUUAUGUCAAAAGCUAAUGGGCAAGAUUUCGUCAAUGAAGUUGCUACAAUCGGAAGAAUUCAUCAUGUUAAUGUGGUGAGACUUAUUGGAUUUUGUAUACAAGGAUCAAAAUGGGCUCUUGUAUAUGACUUCAUGCCAAAUGGGUCUCUUGAUAAGUUUGUUUUUCUUGAUCGAGGAAACAACAUUCCUUUGAGUUGGGAAAGAUUAUACAAGAUUGCACUUGGAGUAGGACGUGGGAUUGAAUACUUACAUCAAGGCUGUGACAUGCAAAUUCUACAUUUUGAUAUUAAGCCACACAACAUUCUUCUUGAUGAAGAUUUUACCCCAAAAGUUUCAGAUUUUGGCCUUGCAAAAUUACAUUCAACAGAUGAAAGUAUUGUGUCUCUCACUGCUGCUAGAGGAACAUUGGGAUAUAUAGCUCCAGAGCUGUUCUAUAAAAAUAUCGGAGGAGUUUCAUAUAAAGCUGAUGUUUAUAGUUUUGGAAUGCUGUUGUUAGAAAUGGCGGGGAAAAGGAAAAAUGUGAAUGCAUUUGCAGAGCACUCGAGUCAAAUAUACUUUCCAUCAUGGAUUUAUGAUCAAUAUGAUCGAGGAGAGGACAUGGAAAUGGGAGAUGCCACCGAGGAUGAAAAGAAAUUUGUAAGAAAAAUGGUGAUAGUUGCAUUAUGGUGUAUACAAAUGAAGCCUAUUGAUCGUCCUUCGAUGAGCAAAGCAUUGGAAAUGUUGGAAGGGGAUGUUGAACUUUUGCAAAUGCCUCCUAAGCCUACUCUAUACUCUAUGGAAAUGCCAGUUGAGGAUCACAGGAGCGAUCCAUUUAGGUUGCCAAUUUCCACGUGUCAUUCCAUGGGUACAAUUACCUUGGAUGGAAGGUAAUGUAAUUAUAUCCACUUGCAUACUGGACUAUAUGUUUGAUUGGCUAAGAUGCAAUGACCAUUAUAACAGCUAAUGUUUUGUUUUAAGACAAUGGCUUGGUACUCUGAAAGCAAAGCAUGUAUAGGUAUAAUAUGUACGAUAAUCU